AUGUUGUCUGGCCUGAUCGUGAAGCUGUGCAAGAGUCUGUAUGGCUUGAAGCAGGCAUCACGACAUUGGCAUGCGCACCUGACGAGGUGUUUGUUACUUUUAGGUUUUUUGCAGUGUCUGGCAGAUGCGUGUGUUUUUCGCUUGAUGGAGGAGGGACGUGUGAUCAUGAUCAUCGUGGUCCACGUGGAUGACAUUUUUGCUGUAGGGCAGAAGGAGAGGUGUGACAAGUUUGGCGAGGACCUCAACGAGAUGGUCCCCGUGAAAAACCUUGGAGAGUUGAGGUGGUACUCUGCGUGCUUUUACGAGAGAGACGUAGAGAGAGGGCUGUUGAGGAUUUCGCAGCAGAGGUUUGCCGAAGAGUUGGCUGCAGAGUACGGAAUUGAGUGGGGGAGGAGUGUGCCCUUGCCUGUGAGCGUGAAGCUCACCGACUUUGACGAGAACGAAGCGAGUGCUGAUGUCCCUUUUCGCGAGUUGGUAGGAUCUCUGAUGUGGUUGGCCACUCAAACAAGGCCGGACAUCGCGAACGCAGUACGAGCAGUAGCGCGGUAUUGUGCAUCUCCCAAGAUGGUGCACUGGAAGGCAGCACUCGGUAUUUUAGGGUACGUACGGAGGACGAGUUGGAUGGGGAUUACAUUUGAGAGGGGAGUGGUGACUGGGAUGAGCAUGCAGGUGUUUGUGGAUGCCGACUAUGCAAGCAAGGCGACAGACCGUAGAUCGGUGUCAGGAGGGCUAGUGAUGUGUGGGGGAGGGUGUGUGACUUGGUUUUCGAGGACACAAAAGUGUGUCACGCUUUCCACCACGGAAGCAGAGUAUGUGGCAAUUGCCGAUGUCUUGAAGGAAGUGUUGUUCUUGAGGCAGGUGUGGCGUUUUAUGUUGCCAGAUGCGAGUAUGCCGUGCAUCCCGGUGUUCGAGGAUAAUCAGGGAGCGAUUCAGAUUAUGCACAACCCGAUCACGAACUCCAACUCGAAGCACAUCGAUGUACGGCAUCACUUUAUCAGGGAGCUGGUAGAGAGGAAAGAGAUUUCAAUUACUCAUGUGCCGACGCAAUUUCAGCAUGCAGAUUUCUUGACGAAGGCUAUUAGCAAGGAGUCUUUUGCGUUGCACCGUGACUUUGUGAUGAACUUGCAGUGAAGGAAGUGUUUUGGGGUCAAUUCGUAUUCUGUAGCGGAGAGAGGAAGGGAGAGACGAGAUCGGACAAGAGAAAGAGAGAGUCUGAUGACGGUGGAGUUUUAGUUAUGUUGGAAUUUUUCUUGUUUGUUUUGGAGGAGUUUUGGUUGUGUUGGAAUUUUUCUUGUGAUUGACUUGGGAGGGUUCUUGCAUGUCGUGGGGAGGAUAUUGGAUUUGGAUGCUUUGAGAAUUUUCUUGUUUGUUUUGGGAGAGAGAGAUGGUAAAAGAGGAAUUUGGUUUUUGCCUUAGCAUGACGAUGCAUACGAG